AUCUAACGUUCGCCCGCCGCCGCUCCCCUCGUCGAUCACUACCGCUGCACACCACACACACCGUCGACGGUCAUUACGUCCACCGUCGUACUCGUACUGUCUCACUUCGCCGUCGAAAAUUUAGCGCCGCCGCCGUCAAACCGCCCGGUCCUGAAGAGCUGCUGAACUGCCGACCACUGAACCGUACGCCAGUCGCAUUUUCUAUUCGUUUCGUUUACGUUCACAGAAACGUAGUUUCACGCACAGUUCUUGUAUACUAAUCGAAAACGUCAACCAUGUCCGACGUGUCCAAGGAAACUCUUAAGAAAGAGAUCGCCGGUAAUUAUUACAAUAACGUUAUAAUUUUAAUAUCCGUCGGCAACGCGCGUUAACCAUUGUCCGUGUAUUUUUUUCGUACCGUCGUGAUAUUAUUUUUCCUCGACGCGCCUCGACACCGGUAUUCCCGGUUGUCGGGUCGUUCCGAAAAACAUGGCUGAAAAACAUUAAUAUUGUAUCACUGCGCGCAAUUCGCCCGGUCGCGCGAACCCUGUGGGCCGCGGCCGCUGAAAAAACGCGGUCCCCCUGCGUUCCCCCGCGGCCCUGCGCUAUCCGUGUAUUAUUCAAAAUGCCGCGCCGCCGUGUGAAAUCCGCGAACCCGCGUUUCUCACGCUAUAAUGGCCGACGUCGUUUAUCGUCGCAUUGUUAUUUCGCGUCCGUUCGGCGGUUUUUGCCGGUCUCCCGCGGCCGUCUCCGACAUUUUUUCGACGUUUUUCCGUCCGUCCGUCCGUCGGUCGGUCGGUCGAUUUUACGGCUUUCCGUUUGGUGCGGGAUAGUAUGUAAUAUGACGUCCGCCGCCGUCGUCGCUGGUCGCUCGUCUAGAUGGCGCUCUGCCGUCAGUCGCGUCGUAAACAAAAGCGGCGUCCAAAAAAAAAAAAAAAAAAUACCGGCGUCGCUCUUGUUCCUGUUCCACGACGAUAUUAUAAUAAUAUAUUCCUUUCCACGACGGCGGCCGCGCCGGCGUCGUUCAGCGCCAUUAUUUUUCCAAGCUGUUUUCCGUCCGGACGACAACAGACACAAUGGAAUUGCAGAAAAAAAAAAAAAAUUGUCUUAUAAUUAUUACCGUCAUUUUAGAUUUUUACACUAUCGGCCCUUCGCUCUCCCUCGGUUACGCAUCCACAUUGAUUCACAUUCGUUUCCGUCAUGCCGUGUUCAGACAAUUUUUUUUUUUAAAAUAUUUGUAUAGUUAAAUGUCCAAUACUUACUUACUUGCAAUGGCGUAUUAAUAUUUUAACUGGCGUGUUCUGACCGAACGAUGACAAACACUAGGGCUUUUCAAUGUUUAAAGGCAACGGAAAACGUUUAUUUUGUUUUUUGAAAUUUAUUUAGCCCUGCAGCUGUUACUCAAACGAAACUAUCAAUUUUCUUUCCUGUAUAAUUGACUUAUAUACUGUUUAUUCAUACUUUAGAGUACGGCCUGUAACUGUUUUAUUAUCUUGAUUACUUAUUUUUUUUUUAUGGCCUAGAAUCCAAAGAAAUUUGAAUUUCUCAAAAUAAAAAUAUUUGCAGGUUUAUUAGUAAAGUAUGGUUAGUUUGGGUCCAUCUUUUUUAAGAGGACUUCUUACCCGCUGUUUCAUUUCGAUUAACAAGAAACAUAGAAAAUACGCGCUCUUAUGCAAACUGAAUAGAACCCUUGUUCUAAUUAAAAUGAAAAAAUUAUGGUUGUAAAGUAAAAGCACUUAUUAUAAAAUAAAUAAGCGCAAUAUUAUUAUUAUUAUUAUUUUUAAUGAAUUUUUGUAAAGUUAAUGGUGAUUUUAAAACAAUGAAAAUGUUGUUAUUUGUUAAUGAUGUAACUGAACGUUAUAUUCUGAAUGGUGCAAAUAUGUAUGCCGUGGUGCCAUCAAAAAUAUCAUCCACAUAGUUUUAUAAUAGGUGUUAAACUCUAAAAUGUGAGUUUUACUCGGGGCUGUGUAAGCAUGCAUUUGAAAUGUUCCUUGUUAGUUGCACCGAGACGGUAAAUAUUGAUAUCACAUCCUCUUAAUUAUACUCACGGUCAUAAGUACCUAUGUAAAAAAUAGAAUAUUUAUGUAGACUUAAUUUUGCUGUCUUUCAAUUUUCAUAACUAUAAUAUUUCUAUAUAAAUUUAAUAAACUAAAAAAUAAAUUGGGUUAAGAAAAGAUUUAUUGCUUGGACAAUAAUUUAAUUUUAAUAUAUAAAAUAUUUAAAUAAAUUUAUAUUCAUAUUGACCAUUUUAUUAAUUCAUUUUUAAAUAUAUUGGAGUUUCUUACUUACAUGUCAUAAAUCGUAUAUAAAUAAAAUGAAUACAAAUUAAUUUGCAAAUUUUGAAUUGAUUGUAGAUUUUAAUAUAAUAUUAUAUCGAACUAUUGAAAACUCGCAUAAAUUAAAAAUUAAUGCAUUUAGUGUUAACUUAACACACAAUUGAAUAUUGUGAUUUGUAUUAUUUUGUUACUUAAAUUUAUGAUAUAAUCUAAAUGCUUACUAUGUAUUAAAAGAGGUUUCUAUAAAAAAUGUUAGUAUUUAUUACCUACUUGUAGUAUUACAUGUGAUUUUUAUCAGUGAUUAGCAGUUAUCUACAUUUUUUUUUUUUUUUUAAAUACCUAUAAUUUUUUGUUUAGCUCUUCUUAAAGGAGCAGAUUUGUCAAAAACUUCUGCAAAGAAAAUAAGACAGGAACUCGAAAAGAAAUUAGAUGCAGAUCUUGAUGACAGGUUUUAUUCUUUCAUCAAUAACUUAUGUUAUUAUAAACUAUAAUUUUUUUUAUUUCUGAAUUGUAUAGGAAAAAGGAAAUUGACGCAUUGGUAAUGGAAGGAAUAAAAAAAGCUAAAGCUACAAAGAAGAAUGGUAAAGGUGAUAGUGAUGAUGAUAAUGAUGAUGAUGAAGAUGAUGCAGAAAACGAUGAUGAUGAUGAAGAGGAUGAAGAAGAAGAAGUAAAGCCCGCCAAAAAAGCAGCCCCACCUAAACGUAAGAAGGCUGACUCCAGUGAUGAAAGUGCAGGGUCUGAUGAUGUAAGUAGUUUACAUUUUUUUAAUAUCGGUAUUAAUUAAUAAUAUAACUAUUUUGGUUAUAUGUUGUAGGAUGAUGGCGAUAAAAACGAUGGUGAUUACAGUCCUAAAAAAGGCACACCCUCAAAAAAGAAGGCUCCUGCCGCUAAACGUGGACGUAAGAAGAAGGACGAUAGUGAUAGUGAUGAAGAAUGGAAAAGUGCCAAAAAAGGAGCAAAGAAAGCUGGUGGUGUAUGUAUUAUUAAUAGCUAAAUCUUUGAAUUUAAUAUUCAAUUGUACUUAAUUUGUACAGGCAAAACGUGGAGCUAACAGUGGCUACACAAAGUCAAUUACACUUAGUCCUGAACUAGCUUCUCUUAUGGGAACCGAAGCAUUGCCUCGCCAUGAAGUCGUUAAAAAAAUGUGGGCCAUUAUCAAAGAGAGAAAUCUUUAUGUAAGUUACACGAUUAUUUUUAUUACUUUUUAAAUAAUUAAUUAUUUAUUUUUAUAAUUAUAGGACCCAACUAACAAACAGUAUGCUAUUUGUGACGAUGAUUUGAUGAAAGUUAUUGGAGUUAAACGUUUUAGGACGUUUGGUAUGAUGAAGUUCUUAAAAAAUCAUUUUAUAUCAUAAUUUUUUUACUUAACUGACAAAAAAAAUACUUAUUUGUCCUACCUCCCUCUCCCCCUCCAUAAAAAUUUCUUUAUCUUAAAAUUUAUGACUACAUAUUAAUAUGUGUUUUUUCAUUUAUUUGUGGAAUUUCAUGGUAAUUUGUUUUUUUACAACAAGGCAACUCUUGGUUCUCAAGUAUUAUAAUUUUUCAUUCCUAAAAAAAAAAUAAAAAAAAACAACAAAUGUUUGGCAUGCAAUUUAGGAUAAUUUCUAUUUUUGAUGUCAUUAUUGAGUGAAUAUAUUUUUUUUUUUAUUUUUUUUUUUUUUCAUACUUUGCACUUUGCUGCUAGUUAUUAAUUUCUAGCUAUAAAUGUUUUAAUGUAUAAACGUAUUUGUAAACAAUUAUAAUGAGCAUUUUUAUGUUUUAGAAUACUUAUAUACAAUAAUUUUAAGACAUUAUCUACAUUAUAAUAAUUACAAUUAAUUUAAAAGAGAAUAAUAAUAAUAAUAAUAAUAAUUUAAUGCUGUUUUUUUGUUUCGUCUGUUGUACUUAGUCUUUCUAUUCUUACUGUGGAUUAUAUUGUACUUUAUUGAUCCUUUGUAUCCAGUGUAUGGAUAUUUGAUCAAUGCUGGACACUGAAAGAUUAUUAUAUCCUCAUUUGCUGUUUCAGUUAAACUAACUGUCAAUAUAGCAAAAUCUGCUUUGUGCGUUUUUUGUAGAACUCUUGAUUUUGGUUUUAGAAUAAACCACUUCUUUUAUACAAUUAUCAGAUUAUAAUAUUACAGUGGGCAAGACUGUUUUUCCUAUUCUAAUUAUUAUUUUGAAUAUAAUGUUAAAUACAUCGCUUAGAAUUAAAAAUAAAUUUUAAAUGACUGACAUUUAAAAAAAAAACUCAUUGUUUUGUCUUUUUAGUUUUAUAAAUUAAAAUGAAGCAAAUUCUACGCUGAAAAAAUUUGUAGUGUAAGUUUUCCUAUGUGUGGUCCAUUGGUUGAAUUGAGACAGCACAUGCGGUUGUACUGUCCUCUCAAAUAACGC